CUCGGAGCAGCUCUGCCGCGGGGACUGCGCCGCCCGCCCUGCCGGACCCGCCCCGACCGGGGCUCGCGCCGCCAGCAGCCGCAGCACCGCGACCUCGGGCCCCAGGCCGACUAUGGCUGUGCCCUGGGGCUGAGCGCGCAGGCUGUGUGACCGAGACUCCCAAGGAGAAAGGCUGAAAGGAAGAGGAAAGAGGGGCGGGCUCCUGGCAAGGCAUUCGCUCCUGAACUGAAUCCUGCAAAGAUGGAGAAGGAGGAGGAGGCGACCCGGGAGCUGCUGCUGCCCAACUGGCAGGGCAGCGGCUCCCACGGGCUGACCAUUGCCCAGAGGGACGACGGUGUCUUUGUGCAGGAGGUGCUGCAGAACUCCCCUGCGGCCCGCACUGGCGUGGUCAAGGAGGGGGACCAGAUCGUAGGUGCCACCUUCUACUUUGACAACCUGCAGUCGGAGGAGGUGACCCAGCUGCUAAACACCAUGGGACACCACACCGUAGGCCUGAAGCUUCACCGUAAGGGGGACCACUCCCCCGAGCCUGGCCAGACCUGGACCCAGGAAGUCUUCAGCUCUCACAGCUCCGAAGUGGUUCUGACCGGGGUUGAUGAAGAGUAUCAGCGCAUCUACACCACAAAGAUCAAGCCUCGGCUGAAGUCGGAGGACGGAGUGGAAGGGGACCCUGGGGAGACCCAAAGCCGCACCAUUACGGUGACCAGAAGGGUCACAGCCUACACUGUGGAUGUGACCGGCCGAGAAGGAGCCAAGGAAACCGACAUCAGCAGCCCUGAAUUCAAGAUCAAGAUUCCAAGGCAUGAACUGACUGAAAUCUCCAACGUCGACGUGGAAACCCAGUCCGGAAAGACAGUAAUCAGACUGCCCUCGGGCUCAGGGGCAGCCUCUCCAACCACGGGCUCUGCUGUGGACAUCCAAGCAGGGACCAUUUCCGCUUCAGGACCAGAGCUCCCAGGUGUUGACCACUCGAAGCUCCAGGUCACUGUGCCUGGGAUAAAGGUGGGAAGCCCAGGCAUCAGUGUCAGUGUGAAGGGCUUAGACCUGGGUGGCAAAGGAGGGGUCCAAGUUCCAGGAGUUGACAUUUCAUCUUCUCUUGGGGGAGGGGCAGUAGAAGUGCAGGGCCCAUCCCUCGAGAGUGGUGAUAUUGGGAAAAUUAAAAUUCCAACCAUGAAGGUGCCAAAAUUUGGUGUCUCCACAGGGCCCAAGGGCCAGGCACCAGAGGCAGGACUGAGUGUUUCUGCACCUGAAUUCUCUGUGGGGCAUAAGGGCGGCCGGCCAGGCUUGACCAUCGGUGGGCAUAUCCAGGACCCUCAGCUACAAAUCAGUGCCCCCUCUGCCAAUAUUAAGGGGCUUGAGGGGAAGCUGAAGGGCUCCCAAAUCACUGGGCCAUCACUUGAGGGUGACCUAGGCCUGAAAGGUGCCAAGCUACAGGGGAGCAUAGGGGUGGACACCUCUGCUCCCAAACUCGGGGGCAGCAUCACUGGCCCCACUGUAGAAGUUCAAGCCCCUGAUGUUGAUGUUCAUGGGCCUGGGGGCAAACUGAAUAUGCCCAAGAUGAAAGUCCCCAAAUUUUCUGUGUUGGGUUCGAAAGGAGAGGGAGCUAGCAUUGAUGUGACACUGCCCACAGGUGAAGUGACUCUUCCUGGGAUCUCUGGGGAUGUCUGCCUGCCUGAGAUUGCUCCUGGUGGGCUGGAAGGGAAGAUGAAGGGUGCUAAAGUCAAGACUCCUGAAAUGAUUAUUCAGAAACCUAAAAUCUCUAUGCAGGAGGUGGAUCUGAGCCUCGGGUCCUCUCAAUUGAAAGGAGAUAUUAAGGUUUCUGCUCCUAGGGUGCAAGGUGGUGUUAAAGGCCCUCAAGUGGCAGUUAAAGGCUCCAAAGUGGACAUUGAGACACCAAACCUAGAGGGGACCUUGAUGGGCUCCAAGCUUGGCAGUCCUUCUGGCAAAACAGGAACCUGUAGGAUCUCUAUGGCAGAUGUAGACUUAAACGUGAUUGCACCUAAAGUGAAAGGGGGUGUAGAUGUCACACUCCCAAAAGUAGAAGGGAAAAUCAAAGUCCCUGAAGUUGAUGUCAAAGGCCCCAAAGUGGACACCAGCGCCCCAGAUGUGGAAGUUCAUGGCCCAGAAUGGAACCUGAAAAUGCCCAAGAUGAAAAUGCCCAAGUUCAGCACUCCAGGAGUCAAAGGGGAAGGCCUAGGUGUAGAAAUGACUCUACCCAAAGGAGAUGUCAGCAUUUUAGGGCCCAAGGUCAGUGUGGAAGCCCCAGAAGUCAACGUAGAGGGUCUGGGGGGCAAACUUAAAGGCCCUGAUGUUAAGCUGCCUGAAGUGACUGUCAAGACCCCAAAGGUCUCCAUGCCUGAUGUAGAUUUGCACGUGAAAGGUACAAAGGUGAAGGGAGAGUAUGAUGUAACAGUGCCAAAGCUCGAGGGAGAACUGAAAGGCCCCGAAGUGGACACUGAUGCCCUAGGUGUGGAUGUUCAGGGCCCAGACUGGCAUCUGAAAAUGCCCAAGAUGAAAACGCCCAAAUUCAGUGUGCCAGGGUUCAAAGGAGAGGGCCCAGAAGUGGAAGUCAAUCUUCCCAAGGCCGAUGUGGACAUUUCUAGGCCCAAGGUAGAUGUUAGUGCUCCAGAUGUGAGCAUUGAGGGACCAGGAGGGAAAUUGAAAGGACCCAAGUUUAAGAUGCCGGAGAUGAAUAUCAGAGCCCCAAAGAUCUCCAUGCCAGAUGUGGACUUACAUUUGAAAGGCCCCAGUGUAAAGGGAGAGUAUGAUGUCACCGUGCCAAAGGUCGAAGGGGAAAUUAAAGUUCCUGAUGUUGAACUUAAAAGUGCCAAAGUGGACAUUAGUACCCCGGAUGUAGAUGUUCAGGGCCCAGACUGGCACCUGAAGAUGCCCAAGGUGAAAAUGCCCAAGUUCAGCAUGCCUGGCUUCAAAGGAGAGGGUCCAGAAGUAGAUGUGAACCUGCCCAAGGCUGAUGUUGAUGUCUCCAGGCCCAAAGUGGGUAUUGAACUGCCGGAUGUGAAUAUUGAAGGACCUGAAGGGAAGUUAAAGGGUCCCAAGUUUAAGAUGCCUGAGAUGAAUAUCAAGACCCCAAAGAUCUCCAUGCCUGAGAUAGAUCUGCAUAUGAAAAGUCCCAAGGUAAAGGGAGACUAUGAUGUCACAGUGCCAAAGCUGGAAGGAGAUCUGAAAGGCCCAAAACUGGAUAUCAGUGCCCCAGAUAGUGAAGUUCAUGGUCCUGAUUGGAAUCUGAAAAUGCCAAAGAUUAAAAUGCCCAAAUUUAGCAUGCCCAGCCUCAAAGGAGAGGACCCAGAAUUGAAUGUGAACCUGCCCAAGGCUGAUGUGGACAUUUCUGCACCAAAGGUAGAUAUUAGUGCUCCAGACCUGAACCUUGAAGGUCCAGAAGGGAAGUUGAAAGGCCCCAAGUUUAAGAUGCCUGAGAUGCACUUCAAAGCUCCAAAAAUGUCUCUGCCAGAUGUUGACCUUGAUCUUAAAGGACCCCAAAUGAAAGGAAAUCUAGAUGUGUCUGCACCAAAAAUAGAGGGUGAGAUGAAAGUUCCAGAUGUGGACAUCAAAGGUCCCAUGGUUGAUAUUAAAGCAGCAGAUGAAGUUCAAGGUCCAGAUUGGAGCCUGAAAAUGCCCAAGAUAAAAAUGCCGAAGUUCAGCAUGCCAGGUUUCAAAGCAGAGGGCCCAGAUGUGGAUGUGGACCUGCCCAAGGCUGACAUUGACAUCUCAGGACCAAAGGUGGACAUUGAAGCCCCAGAUGUGAGCCUUGAGGGUCCAGAAGGGAAGCUGAAGGGUCCCAAGUUUAAGAUGCCUGAGAUGCAUUUCAAGGCCCCCAAGGUCUCCAUGCCCGAUGUUGACUUAAACUUGAAAGGCCCCAAAGUCAAAGGGGAUCUGGAUGUAUCUGUGCCCAAGAUAGAAGGUGAAAUGAAAGUGCCGGAUGUGGAAAUCAAAGGGCCCAAAGUGGACAUUGUUGUCCCAGAUGUUGAUGUUCAUGGCCCAGACUGGCACCUGAAGAUGCCCAAGAUGAAAAUGCCCAAGUUCAGCAUGCCUGGCUUCAAAGCAGAGGGCCCAGAUGUGGACGUGAACCUGCCCAAGACUGACAUUGACAUCUCAGGACCCAAAGUGGACAUUGAGGCCCCAGAUGUGAGCCUUGAGGGUCCAGAAGGGAAGCUGAAGGGUCCCAAGUUUAAGAUGCCUGAGAUGCACUUCAAGGCCCCCAAGGUCUCCAUGCCUGAUGUUGACUUAAACUUGAAAGGCCCCAAAGUCAAAGGGGAUCUGGAUGUAUCUGUGCCCAAGAUAGAAGGUGAAAUGAAAGUGCCGGAUGUGGAAAUCAAAGGGCCCAAAGUGGACAUUGAUGUCCCAGAUGUUGAUGUUCAUGGCCCAGACUGGCACCUGAAGAUGCCCAAGAUGAAAAUGCCCAAGUUCAGCAUGCCUGGCUUCAAAGCAGAGGGCCCAGAAGUGGAUGUGAACCUGCCCAAGACUGGCAUUGAUGUCUCGGGACCAAAAGUGGACAUUGAAGCCCCAGAUGUGAGCCUUGAGGGUCCAGAAGGGAAGCUGAAGGGUCCCAAGUUUAAGAUGCCUGAGAUGCACUUCAAGGCCCCCAAGGUCUCCAUGCCUGAUGUUGACUUAAACUUGAAAGGCCCCAAAGUCAAAGGGGAUCUGGAUGUAUCUGUGCCCAAGAUAGAAGGUGAAAUGAAAGUGCCGGAUGUGGAAAUCAAAGGGCCCAAAGUGGACAUUGAUGUCCCAGAUGUUGAUGUUCAUGGCCCAGACUGGCACCUGAAGAUGCCCAAGCUGAAAAUGCCCAAGUUCAGCAUGCCUGGCUUCAAAGCAGAGGGCCCAGAAGUGGAUGUGAACCUGCCCAAGACUGGCAUUGAUGUCUCAGGACCCAAAGUGGACAUUGAAGCUCCAGAUGUGAGCCUUGAGGGUCCAGAAGGGAAGUUGAAGGGUCCCAAGUUUAAGAUGCCUGAAAUGCACUUCAAGGCCCCCAAGGUCUCCAUGCCUGAUGUGGACCUGAAUCUUAAGGGGCCAAAACUAAAGGGAGAUGUGGAUGUGUCUGUGCCUAAAUUGGAAGGUGAAAUGAAAGUGCCAGAUGUGGAUAUUAAAGCCCCCAAAGUUGACAUAAGUGCCCCAGAUGUGGAUGUGCAUGGUCCAGAUUGGCACCUAAAGAUGCCCAAGGUGAAAAUGCCCAAGUUCGGCAUGCCCGGCUUCAAAGGAGAGGGCCCCGAUGUUGAUGUGAACCUGCCCAAGGCCGCUAUUGGUGUCUCAGGACCGAAGGUGGACAUUGAUAUUCCAGAUGUGAAUAUUGAAGGUCCAGAUGCGAAACUUAAAGGUCCCAAAUUUAAGAUGCCAGAAAUGAAUAUAAAGUCUCCGAACAUAUCCAUGCCAGAUGUAGAUUUGCAUUUGAAAGGUCCUAAAAUGAAAGGAGAUUUUGAUGUUACAGUUCCAAAAGUAGAAGGAGAGUUAAAAGCCCCUGAUGUUGACAUCAAAAGCCCCAACGUGGACAUUAAUGUACCAAAGGUAGAUGUUCAUGGCCCAGACUGGCACCUGAAGAUGCCCAAGGUGAAAAUGCCCAAGUUCAGCAUGCCCGGCUUCAAAGGAGAGGGCCCAGAAGUGGAUGUGAACCUGCCCAAGACCAGUGUUGACAUCUCAGGACCCAAGGUGGACAUUGAUGCUCCAGAUGUGAAUAUUGAAGGGCCAGAGGGGAAACUAAAAGGCCCCAAGUUCAAGAUGCCAAGCAUGCACAUACAGACACACAAAAUCUCUAUGCCUGAUGUUGGACUUAAUCUGAAAGCCCCUAAACUAAAAACUGAUGUGGAUGUUUCCCUUCCCAAAGUAGAAGGAGAGUUGAAAGGUCCUGAAAUUGAUGUAAAAGCACCUAAGAUGGAUGUGAAUGUUGGUGAUAUUGAUAUUGAAGGUCCAGAAGGAAAGUUGAAAGGCCCCAAGUUUAAGAUGCCUGAGAUGCACUUCAAGGCCCCCAAGAUCUCCAUGCCUGAUGUGGACUUACACUUAAAAGGCCACAAAGUCAAAGGGGAUGUAGAUGUGUCUGUGCCCAAAGUAGAAGGUGAAAUGAAAGUGCCAGAUGUGGAUUUCAAGGGCCCUAAAGUGGACAUUGAUGUCCCAGAUGUGGAUGUUCAUGGCCCAGACUGGCGCCUGAAGAUGCCCAAGAUGAAAAUGCCUAAGUUCAGCAUGCCUGGCUUCAAAGCAGAGGGCCCAGAUGUGGACGUGAACCUGCCCAAGGCUGACAUUAAUGUGUCUGGACCCAGUGUGGACAUUGAUGCUCCUGAUUUGGAUAUUGAGGGACCAGAAGGAAAAUUGAAAGGCCCCAAAUUUAAGAUGCCCAAGUUGAAUAUCAAAGCUCCCAAGAUAUCCAUGCCAGAUGUGGACUUGAAUUUGAAGGGACCCAAACUGAAAGGAGAGAUAGACGUUUCUGUGCCAGAAGUUGAAGGUGAUCUCAGAGGUCCGCAAGUCGAUAUCAAAGGUCCCAGUGUGGAUGUGAAAGUCCCUGACGUUGAGUUAGAAUGUCCUGAUGCAAAGAUGAAAGGCCCCAAGUUUAAGAUGCCUGAGAUGCACUUUAAGGCCCCCAAGAUCUCCAUGCCUGAUGUGGACUUACACCUGAAAGGUCCCAAAGUCAAAGGGGAUCUGGAUGUGUCUGUGCCAAAAUUGGAAGGUGAUUUGAAAGGACCCAGUGUGGAUGUGGAGGUGCCUGAUGUUGAUCUGGAAUGUCCUGAUGCAAAGAUGAAAGGCCCCAAGUUUAAGAUGCCAGACAUGCAUUUCAAGGCCCCUAAGAUCUCCAUGCCUGAUGUGGACUUACACGUAAAAGGCCCUAAAGUCAAAGGGGAUCUGGAUGUGUCUAUGCCAAAAGUAGAAGGUGAUUUGAAAGGCCCCAGUGUGGACGUGGAGGUGCCUGAUGUUGAUCUGGAAUGUCCUGAUGCAAAGGUGAAAGGUCCCAAGUUUAAGAUGCCAGACAUGCAUUUCAAGGCCCCCAAGAUCUCAGUGCCUGAUGUGGACUUACACUUAAAAAGCCCCAAAGUCAAAGGGGAUGUGGAUGUGUCUGUGCCCAAAGUAGAAGGUAAGAUGAAAGUACCAGAUAUGGAAAUCAAAGGGCCCAAAGUGGACAUUGAUGUCCCAGAUGUUGAUGUUCAUGGCCCAGACUGGCACCUGAAGAUGCCCAAGAUGAAAAUGCCCAAGUUCAGCAUGCCUGGCUUCAAAGCAGAGGGCCCAGAUGUGGACGUGAACCUGCCCAAGACUGACAUUGACAUCUCAGGACCAAAAGUGGACAUUGAGGCACCAGAUGUGAGCCUUGAGGGUCCAGAAGGGAAGCUGAAGGGUCCCAAGUUUAAGAUGCCUGAGAUGCACUUCAAGGCCCCCAAGGUCUCCAUGCCUGAUGUUGACUUAAACUUGAAAGGCCCCAAAAUCAAAGGGGAUCUGGAUGUAUCUGUGCCCAAGAUAGAAGGUGAAAUGAAAGUGCCAGAUGUGGAAAUCAAAGGGCCCAAAGUGGACAUUGAUGUCCCAGAUGUUGAUGUUCAUGGCCCAGACUGGCACCUGAAGAUGCCCAAGAUGAAAAUGCCCAAGUUCAGCAUGCCUGGCUUCAAAGCAGAGGGCCCAGAAGUGGAUGUGAACCUGCCUAAGACUGGCAUUGAUGUCUCGGGACCCAAAGUGGGCAUUGAAGCCCCAGAUGUGAGCCUUGAGGGUCCAGAAGGGAAGCUGAAGGGUCCCAAGUUUAAGAUGCCUGAGAUGCACUUCAAGGCGCCCAAGAUCUCCAUGCCUGAUGUGGACUUAAACUUGAAAGGCCCCAAAGUCAAAGGGGAUCUGGAUGUGUCUGUGCCCAAGAUAGAAGGUGAAAUGAAAGUGCCGGAUGUGGAAAUCAAAGGGCCCAAAGUGGACAUUGAUGUCCCAGAUGUUGAUGUUCAUGGCCCAGACUGGCACCUGAAAAUGCCCAAGAUGAAAAUACCCAAGUUCAGCAUGCCUGGCUUCAAAGCAGAGGGCCCAGAAGUGGAUGUGAACCUGCCUAAGACUGGCAUUGAUGUCUCAGGACCCAAAGUGGACAUUGAAGCUCCAGAUGUGAGCCUUGAGGGUCCAGAAGGGAAGCUGAAGGGUCCCAAGUUUAAGAUGCCUGAGAUGCACUUCAAGGCCCCCAAGAUCUCCAUGCCUGAUGUUGACUUAAACUUGAAAGGCCCCAAAGUCAAAGGGGAUCUGGAUGUAUCUGUGCCCAAGAUAGAAGGUGAAAUGAAAGUGCCGGAUGUGGAAAUCAAAGGGCCCAAAGUGGACAUUGAUGUCCCAGAUGUUGAUGUUCAUGGCCCAGACUGGCACCUGAAGAUGCCCAAGGUGAAAAUGCCCAAGUUCAGCAUGCCUGGCUUCAAAGGUGAGGGCCCUGAUGUGAAUGUGAACCUGCCCAAGACUGAUGUUGAUAUCUCAGGACCUAAGGUAGACAUUGAAGGCCCUGAUUUUAAUAUUGAAGGACCAGAAGGAAAGUUGAAAGGUCCUAAGUUCAAGAUGCCUGAGAUGAACAUCAAAGCCCCCAAGAUCUCCAUGCCUGACUUUGACUUGCAUCUGAAAGGUCCCAAAGUAAAGGGUGAUGUGGAUGUUUCUCUGCCCAAAGUGGAAGGUGACCUCAAGAGCCCCAAAGUGGACAUUAAGUGUCCCAAAGUAGAUAUCGAUGCCCCAGAUGUGGAUGUUCAAGGCCCUGACUGGCACCUGAAGAUGCCCAAGGUGAAAAUGCCUAAGUUCAGCAUGCCUGGCUUCAAAGGAGAGGGUCCCGAAGUGGAUGUGAACCUGCCCAAAGCCAAUAUUGAUGUCUCAGGACCUCAGGUGGACAUUGAAGGCCCUGAUGUUAACAUUGAAGGACCAGAAGGAAAGUUGAAAGGUCCCAAGUUCAAGGUGCCUGAGAUGAACAUUAAAGCCCCAAAGAUCUCCCUGCCUGACAUAGAUCUAAAUUUGAAAGCUCCGAAGGUCAAAGGCGAUGUGGAUGUUACCCUGCCAAAGGUGGAAGGUGACCUAAAGGGCCCCAAAGUUGACAUCAAAGGCCCCAAAGUGGACAUCAAUGCCCCUGAUGUGGAUGUUCAUGGCCCAGACUGGCACCUGAAGAUGCCCAAGAUGAAAAUGCCUAAGUUCAGCAUGCCUGGCUUUAAAGGAGAGGGCCCAGAUGUGGAUGUGAACUUGCCGAAGGCUGACAUUGAUGUCUCAGGACCGAAAGUAGACAUCGAAUGUCCUGAUGUGAAUAUUGAUGGGCCUGAAGGAAAGUGGAAAAGUCCAAAGUUUAAGAUGCCUGAAAUGCAUUUGAAGACUCCAAAGAUUUCCAUGCCAGAUAUUGACCUUAAUCUAACAGGUCCAAAAUUAAAAGGAGGUGUGGAUGUAUCAGGUCCUAAGAUUGAGGGAGAUCUGAAAGGACCUGAAGUUGAUCUCAAAGGCCCCAAAGUGGACAUUAAUGUCCCAGAUGUUGAUGUUCAGGGCCCAGAUUGGCACCUGAAGAUGCCCAAAAUGAAAAUGCCCAAGUUCAGCAUGCCUGGCUUCAAAGGAGAAGGCCCAGAAGUGGAUGUGAACCUGCCCAAGGCUGACAUUGAUGUUUCAGGACCCAAGUUAGAUAUUGAAGGCCCAGAUGUUAGUAUUGAAGGCCCAGAAGGAAAGUUGAAAGGUCCUAAGUUCAAGAUGCCCGAGAUGAACAUCAAAGCCCCCAAGAUUUCCAUGCCUGACUUUGACUUGCAUCUGAAAGGUCCCAAGGUAAAGGGUGAUGUGGAUUUUUCUCUGCCCAAUGUGGAAGGUGACCUCAGAGGCCCUGAGGUUGACCUCAAAGGCCCCGGAGUGGACCUUAGUGCCCCGGAUGUUGAUGUUCAUGGCCCAGACUGGCACCUGAAGAUGCCCAAGGUGAAAAUGCCCAAGUUCAGCAUGCCUGGCUUCAAAGGAGAGGGUCCCGAAGUGGACGUGAACCUGCCCAAGGCUGACAUUGAUGUCUCAGGACCCAAGGUGGACAUUGAAGGCCCUGACGUUCAUAUUGAAGGACCAGAGGGAAAGCUGAAAGGUCCCAAGUUCAAGAUGCCAGAGAUGAACAUCAAAGCCCCCAAGAUUUCCAUGCCUGACAUUGAUCUUAACCUGAAAGGGCCCAAAGUGAAGGGUGAUAUGGAUGUGUCUCUACCAAAAGUGGAAGGUGAGAUUAAAGCUCCAGAGGUGGAUAUUAAAGGGCCCAAAGUGGAUAUUGAUGCCCCAGAUGUGGAUGUUCAUGGCCCAGACUGGCACCUGAAGAUGCCCAAGAUAAAAAUGCCCAAGUUCAGCAUGCCCGGCUUCAAAGGAGAGGGCCCAGAAGUGGACGUGAACCUGCCCAAGGCCGACAUUGACGUCUCAGGACCCAAGGUGGACAUUGAUGUUCCAGAUGUGAAUAUUGAAGGUCCAGAUGCAAAACUGAAGGGCCCCAAGUUCAAGAUGCCAGAGAUGAACAUCAAGGCUCCUAAGAUCUCUAUGCCAGAUUUGGACCUUAAUCUUAAAGGUCCUAAAAUAAAAGGAGAUGUGGAUCUUUCACUUCCAAAUGUAGAAGGUGAUUUGAAAGGACCUACUCUUGACAUAAGGGGCCCAAAAGUAGAUGUGGAUACUCCAGAUAUUGACAUUCAUGGCCCAGAGGGCAAAUUAAAAGGUCCCAAACUGAAGAUGCCUGACAUGCAUGUAAACAUGCCCAAGAUCUCCAUGCCAGAUAUUGACUUGAAUUUGAAAGGCUCGAAGCUGAAGGGAGAUGUUGAUGUUUCUGGGCCCAGAUUGGAAGGUGACAUUAAAGCUCCUAAACUGGAUGUAAAGGGCCCUGAAGUGGACAUUUCUGUUCCUAAGCUCAAUAUUGAAGCCAAGUCUAAGAAAUCUCGUUUUAAGCUCCCCAAAUUUAAUUUUUCAGGCUCCAAAGUUCAGACUCCUGAGGUGGAUGUUAAAGUUAAAAAGCCAGAUAUUGAUGUAACAGGACCAAAAGUUGAUAUUAAUGCUCCUGAUAUUGAUGUCCAAGGAAAAGUGAAAGGAUCCAAGUUUAAAAUGCCUUUUCUGAGUAUUUCAUCUCCCAAAGUUUCUAUGCCUGAUGUGGAGUUAAAUUUGAAAAGUCCUAAAGUCAAAGGAGACUUUGAUGUUGCAGGUCCUAAUUUAGAAGGUGACUUUAAAGGUCCCAAAGUGGAUUUUAAGGCACCAGAAGUCCACCUUAAUGCACCUGAUGUGGAUGUUCAUGGCCCAGAUUGGAAUCUGAAAAUGCCCAAGAUGAAAAUGCCAAAAUUCAGUGUGCCUGGCUUAAAAGCAGAAGGGGCAGAUGUGUCUGUGGAUCUACCAAAAGGAGACAUCAACAUAGAGGGUCCCAGUGUGAAUAUUGAGAGCCCAGAAAUCAAUGUGGAAGGUCCAGAAGGAGGCUUAAAAGGUCCAAAAUUCAAGAUGCCUGAGAUGCAUGUCAAAGCUCCCAAGGUCUCCAUGCCUGAUGUUGACUUAAAUCUGAAGGGCCACAAGGGGAAAGGUGGUGUGGAUAUUUCUCUUCCCAAACUUGAAGGGGAUUUGAAAGGGCCAGAAGUUGAUAUCAAAGGCCCCAAAGUGGACAUUAAUGCCCCAGAUGUGGAUGUGCAUGGCCCAGACUGGCAUCUGAAGAUGCCUAAGGUGAAAAUGCCCAAGUUCAGCAUGCCUGGCUUUAAAGGAGAGGGUCCUGAAGUGGAUGUGAACCUGCCCAAGGCUGACAUUGAUGUCUCAGGGCCCAAAGUCAACAUUGAUAUUCCAGAUGUGAAUAUUGAAGGUCCAGAUGCAAAACUGAAGGGCCCCAAGUUCAAGAUGCCAGAGAUGAACAUCAAAGCUCCCAAGAUUUCCAUGCCUGACAUUGAUCUAAACCUGAAGGUCCCCAAAAUGAAGACUGAUGUGGAUGUGUCUUUGCCCAAAGUGGAAGGUGAUGUCAAGGGCCCUGAAGUGGACAUCAAGGGGCCUACAGUGGACAUUGACACUCCUGAUAUUAACAUUGAAGGCCCAGAGGGCAAAUUGAAAGGUCCCAAGUUUAAGAUGCCAGAGAUGCACCUAAAGGCCCCCAAAAUAUCAAUGCCUGACAUUGAUUUAAACCUGAAGGGCCCCAAGAUGAAGGGUGAUGUGGAUGUUUCCCUUCCCGGGAUUGAAGGGGAUCUAAAAGGACCUGAGGUUGACAUCAAAGGCCCGAAAAUGGACAUUAAUGCCCCAGGUGUGGAUGUUCAUGGCCCAGACUGGCACCUGAAGAUGCCCAAGGUGAAAAUGCCCAAGUUCAGCAUGCCUGGCUUCAAAGGAGAGGGUCCCGAAGUGGACGUGAACCUGCCCAAGGCUGCCAUUGAUGCCUCAGGACCCAAGGUGGACAUUGAAGGCCCUGACGUUCAUAUUGAAGGACCGGAGGGAAAGUUGAAAGGUCCCAAGUUCAAGAUGCCAGAGAUGAACAUCAAAGCCCCCAAGAUUUCCAUGCCUGACAUUGAUCUUAACCUGAAAGGGCCCAAAGUGAAGAGUGAUGUGGAUGUGUCGCUACCAAAAGUGGAAGGUGAGAUUAAAGUUCCAGAGGUGGAUAUUAAAGGGCCCAAAGUGGACAUUGAUGCCCCAGAAGUGGAUGUUCAUGGCCCAGACUGGCACCUGAAGAUGCCCAAGAUAAAAAUGCCUAAGUUCAGCAUGCCCGGCUUCAAAGGAGAGGGUCCAGAAGUGGACGUGAACCUGCCCAAGGCCGACAUUGACGUCUCAGGACCCAAGGUGGACAUUGAUGUUCCAGAUGUGAAUAUUGAAGGUCCAGAGGCAAAACUGAAGGGCCCCAAGUUCAAGAUGCCAGAGAUGAACAUCAAAGCCCCCAAGAUCUCUAUGCCUGACAUUGAUUUACACUUGAAAAGUCCUAAGGUGAAGGGAGAUGUGGACAUUUCUUUGCCUAAGGUGGAAGGUGACAUACAGGCUCCUGAAGUUGACCUCAGAGGCCCUAAGGUUGACAUUGAUGUUCCAGAUGUGGAUGUUCAUGGCCCAGACUGGCACCUGAAGAUGCCCAAGGUGAAAAUGCCCAAGUUCAGCAUGCCCGGCUUCAAAGGAGAAGGCCCAGAACUGGAUGUUCAUUUGCCCAAAGCUGACAUCGAUGUCUCAGGUCCCAAGGUGGACAUUGACACUCCUGACAUUGACAUUCAUGGUCCAGAAGGAAAACUGAAGGGCCCCAAGUUUAAAAUGCCUGACCUGCACCUCAAGGCACCCAAGAUCUCCAUGCCUGAAGUUGACCUGAAUCUGAAGGGUCCAAAGGUGAAGGGAGAGGUGGAUGUGUCUCUGCCCAAAGUGGAAGGAGACCUCAAGGGACCUGAAGUUGACCUCAAGGGCCCCAAAUUGGACAUCCAUGCCCCAGAUGUGGAUGUGCAUGGUCCAGACUGGCAUCUGAAGAUGCCUAAGGUGAAAAUGCCCAAGUUCAGCAUGCCAGGUUUCAAAGGAGAGGGUCCCGAAGUGGACGUGAACCUUCCCAAGGCCAACAUUGAUGUCUCAGGGCCCAAAGUCGACAUUGAUGUUCCAGAUGUGAAUAUCGAAGGUCCAGAUGCAAAACUGAAGGGUCCCAAGUUCAAGAUGCCAGAGAUGAACAUCAAAGCCCCCAAGAUCUCCAUGCCUGACUUUGACUUGCACCUGAAAGGUCCCAAAGUAAAGAGUGAUGUGGAUGUUUCCCUUCCUAAGGUGGAAGGUGACCUAAAAGGCCCUGAUGUUGACAUCAAAGGUCCCAAAGUGGACUUUGAUGCCCCUGAUGUGAAUAUUGAAGGUCCAGGUGCAAAACUGAAGGGCCCGAAGUUCAAGAUGCCAGAGAUGAACAUCAAAGCCCCCAAGAUCUCCAUGCCUGAUCUCGACUUUAACUUGAAGGGUCCCAAAGUGAAGGGUGAUGUGAAUGUCUCUUUGCCCCAUAUGGAAGGUGAUCUCAAGGGCCCUGAAAUUGAUAUCAAGGGACCCAAGGUGGACAUUGAUACUCCUGAUGUUAGUAUUGAAGGUCCAGAAGGGAAACUGAAGGGGCCCAAAUUUAAGAUGCCAGAGAUGCACAUCAAAGCCCCCAAGAUUUCCAUGCCUGACUUGGACUUAAAUCUCAAAGGGCCAAAGGUACAGGGAGAUGUGGACAUCUCACUUCCCAAGGUGGAAGGUGAUCUGAAAGGGCCGGAGUUGGACAUUGAAGGUCCUGAAGGGAAACUCAAAAGUCCCAAAUUUAAGAUGCCUGAUGUCCACUUCAAAACCCCACAAAUUUCCAUGAGUGACAUUGAUUUAAACUUGAAAGGACCUAAGAUAAAAGGAGAUUUGGACAUUUCCAUUCCUAAAGUAGAAGGGGAUCUUAAAGGCCCCAAAGUAGAUGUCAAAGGCCCUAAGCUGGACAUAGACACUCCUGACAUUGACAUUCAUGGUCCAGAAGGAAAACUGAAGGGCCCCAAGUUUAAAAUGCCUGACCUGCACCUCAAGGCACCCAAGAUCUCCAUGCCUGAAGUUGACCUGAAUCUGAAGGGUCCCAAAGUAAAGGGCGAUGUGGAUGUGUCUCUGCCCAAAGUGGAAGGAGACCUCAAGGGUCCUGAAGUUGACAUCAAAGGUCCCCAAGUGGACAUGGAUGUCCCUGACAUAGACGUUCAUGGCCCAGACUGGCACCUGAAAAUGCCCAAGGUGAAAAUGCCCAAGUUCAGCAUGCCUGGCAUCAAAGGAGAGGGCCCAGAAGUGGAUGUGAACCUGCCCAAGGCCAACAUUGACGUCUCAGGACCCAAAGUCGACAUUGAUGUUCCAGAUGUGAAUAUCGAAGGUCCAGAUGCAAAACUGAAGGGUCCCAAGUUCAAGAUGCCAGAGAUGAACAUCAAAGCCCCCAAGAUCUCCAUGCCUGACAUUGACUUAAACCUGAAAGGUCCCAAAGUGAAGGGUGAUAUGGAAGUUUCCCUGCCUAAGGUGGAAGGUGAUUUUAAGGGCCCUGAUGUUGACAUCAAAGGCCCCAAGGUGGACAUCGAUGCCCCUGAUGUGGAUGUUCAUGGCCCAGACUGGCACCUGAAGAUGCCCAAGGUGAAAAUGCCCAAGUUCAGCAUGCCUGGCUUCAAAGGAGAGGGCCUAGAAGUGGAUGUGAACUUGCCCAAGACUGACAUUGAUGUCUUGGGACCCAAGGUGGACAUUGAAGUUCCAGAUGUGAAUAUCGAAGGUCCAGAUGCGAAACUGAAGGGCCCCAAGUUCAAGAUGCCUGAGAUAAAUAUCAAGACUCCCAGGAUCUCCAUGCCAGAUGUUGACCUGGAUUUGAAAGCACCCAAAGUAAAAGGAGGUUAUGAUGUGUCUGUCCCUAAGACUGAAGGUACUUUCAAAGGCCCAGAAAUAGAACUUACAGGUCCACGUCUGGAUUUUGAAGGCCCUUCUGCCAAACUCAGUGGCCCACAUUUGAAGAUGCCAUCACUGGAUAUAUCCGCUCCUAAAGUAACUUCUCCUGAUGUUGAUUUGCAUCUCAAGGCACCAAAAAUUGGAGUUUCUGGUCCCAAGGUGGAAGGUGGUGAAAUGGACCUCAAGGGGCCCAGAGUUGAUUUAGAAGCUCCAAACUUAGAUGUACACAUGGAGAAUCCAGAUAUUAACAUGGAGGGGCCAGAUGUUAAAAUUCCCAAAUUUAAGAAACCCAAGUUUGGAUUUGGGGCAAAAAGCCCCAAAGCUGACAUUAAGUCACCUUCACUAGAUGUGACUGUUCCUGAGGCAGAGUUGAACCUUGAGACUCCUGAAAUUAGUGUUGGUGGCAAGGUCAAGAAAAGUAAGUUUAAAAUGCCUAAAAUUCAUAUGAGUGGUCCUAAAAUUAAGGGCAAAAAACAGGGAUUUGAUUUGAACGUUCCUGGAGGUGAAAUUGAUGCUAAUCUCAAGUCUCCUGAUGUAGAUGUCAAUGUUGCUGGACCGGAUGCCUCACUCAAAGUUGAUGUGAAAUCUCCCAAAACCAAGAAACCUAUGUUUGGAAAAAUGUACUUCCCAGACGUAGAGUUUGACAUUAAAUCAUCUAAAUUUAAAGCUGAGGCCCCCCUGCCUAGCCCCAGAAUGGAGGGUGAAAUCCAAGCACCUAAUGUGGAUAUUUCUUCACCAAGGAUUCAUGUGGAAGGUCCUGACAUCAAAGUGAAGGCUCCCAAGUUCAAGGUGCCAGGUGCGGAUAUCUCAGGGCCAAAAAUAGAAGGUGAUUUGAAAGGUCCUAGGGUGCAGGCAAACUUGGAUGCCCCUGACAUCAACAUUGAAGGCCCAGAUGCUAAAAUCAAAGCACCAUCUUUUGGCAUUUCUGCUCCUCAAGUCUCCAUCCCUGAUGCGACUGUUAACUUGAAAGGACCAAAGAUAAAGGGUGAUGUUCCCAGUGUGGGACUGGAAGGACCAGACAUAGAUCUUCAAGGUCCAGAAGCGAAAAUCAAGUUCCCCAAGUUUUCAGUGCCCAAGAUCGGUGUCCCUGGUGUGAAAAUGGAGGGGGAGGGAGCUGAGGUCCACGCCCAGCUGCCCUCUCUUGAAGGAGGCUUGAGUGCACCAGGUAUUAAGCUUGAAGGACCUGAUGUCUCUCUGAAGGGGACAGGAGUGGACUUGCCUUCAGUGAACCUCUCUAUGCCAAAAGUCUCUGGACCUGACCUUGACCUGAACUUGAAAGGACCAACUUUGAAAGGAGACCUGGCUGUCUCUGGUGACAUCGAGUGCCCUAAAGUAUCCGUAGGAGCUCCUGAUCUAAGCUUGGAGGCAUGUGAAGGUCAUAUUAAGCUUCCCAAAAUGAAGCUGCCCCAGUUUGGCAUCUCUACUCCAGGGUCUGACUUGGACAUUAAUGUCAAGGGGCCUCAUGUUGCUGGAGGACUGAAGGGGCCAGGCAUGGAUGUAAACAUCAGAGGACCUCAGAUUUCAGCACCGGAUGUGGACUUUAACUUGGAAGGACCAAAAGUGAAAGGGAGCCUCGGGGCUACCAGUGAGAUGAAAGGCCCCACUGUCAGAGGAGGUCUUCCGGGCAUCAGUGUUCACAGUCCAGAAGGAAACCUCCAAAUGCCUGGAAUUAAGUCCUCUGGAUGUGAUGUGGACCUGCCUGGUGUGAAUGUGAAACUCCCAACUGGGUGUAUUUCUGGUCCUGAAAUCAAAGGCGAUCUGAAAGGUUCAGGAAUAGGUUUCCAUGGGGCUGCUCCUGAUAUCAGUGUGAAGGGGCCUUCCUUUAAUAUGGCAUCUCCUGAGUCAGAUUUUGGUGUCAGCUUGAAGGGCCCAAACAUCCAAGGAGGUGUGGAUGUUUCAGGGGGUGUCAGUUCCCCAGAUAUCAGUCUGGGCGAAGGGCACGUGAGUGUCAAAGGUUCCAGGGGUGAGUGGAAGGGACCUCAGGUCUCCUCCGCUGUCAACUUGGAUGCAUCUAAGUUUGCUGGGGGCCUUCAUUUCUCAGGACCAAAGGUGGAAGGAGGUGUGAAAGGAGGUCAGGUUGGACUCCAAGGUCCUGGGCUGAGUGUGUCCGGGCCUCAAGGUCACUUAGAAAGUGGAUCUGGAAAAGUAACAUUCCCCAAGAUGAAGAUCCCCAAAUUUACCUUCUCUGGCCGUGAGCUGGUUGGCAGAGAAGUGGGGGUGGAUAUUAACUUCCCUAAAGUGGAAGCCAACGUUCAGGCUGGUGCCGGAGAAGGCGAGUGGGAAGAGUCUGAAGGAAAACUUAAAAAGUCCAAAAUCAAAAUGCCCAAGUUUAAUUUUUCCAAACCUAAAGGGAAAGGUGGUAUAACCAGCUCUCCGGAAGCAUCCAUUUCUGGGUCCAAAGGUGACCUGAAAAGCUCGAAGGCUAGCCUGGGCUCUCUGGAAGGAGAGGCAGAGGCCGAAGCAUCCUCACCCAAAGGCAAAUUCUCCUUAUUUAAAAGUAAGAAGCCACGGCAUCGCUCAAAUUCUUUCAGUGAUGAGAGGGAGUUCUCUGCACCUUCCACCCCGACGGGGACUUUGGAGUUUGAAGGUGGGGAAGUGUCACUAGAAGGUGGGAAAGUUAAAGGGAAGCAAGGGAAGCUGAAAUUCGGUACCUUUGGGGGAUUUUCAAAGAGCAAAGGCCAUUACGAGGUGACGGGCAGUGAUGAUGAGACAGGCAAGUUACAGGGGAGUGGAGUGUCCUUGGCCUCUAAGAAGUCCCGGCUGUCCUCUUCUUCUAGCAAUGACAGUGGGACGAAGGUUGGCAUCCAGCUUCCCGAGGUGGAGCUGACAAUCUCUACAAAGAAAGAGUAACAGGCCUUUGUAUGUGUGUACAUAUAUGUAUAAAAAUACAUCAGCCUUGGGUGUGUUUGUAUAUAAAUCCAAAGAGGAACACGCCGACAGCCUCAGCAAUAAUGCAAAAGAUCUUGCCUCUCCUGCUGGCAAGCGCUGAAAAACCAAUCGCCUUUAGGCUCCUGGAACUAUCCAGAUAGGUAAAGAGUUCCAAGUUUGUCCAGUCCAUGUGCAAAGUCAACAGUAUUUGCCUUAAGAUUUCAGUUUUUUUGCAUUGAACGCUGAGAGCUUCUGUUUACUAAGCGAGCUUUUGUUGUUUAUUAUCCUCAUUUUUACUGAACAUUGUUAGUAUUUGGGUAAUGGAAACCCACUUUUUCAUUGUAAUGACUUUUGGGGGCUUUUGUUAGUGAGGGAGGGUGGGGUAAAAGGCAGUAGAGGGGGCCAGGUCUCAAUUUCUCCUAAGAUCGGCUCUGUUCAAACAGCAAGCACCCAAAGAUGGCCCAGAGGGGGCGGCAGCCAGGGUGUGUGGGUGUUUUUAGACUUCUUUAGCAUUGCUUUUUUCCCCCAGGGGUGGUGGUCCCAGCCGGUUUGGUGCUCAUGGUGAGAGGGAAUUAGAAUUUGUUUGCAAAUUGUCCAACCCACCAGCUCAACAUGAGGGGCUUCCAUUCUGUGUUUUGUAAGAGAUAUGUUUUUAUUCAUGACUGCCAUGUUCCUGAUACUAGUUCUGAUUUCUUUUAACAAAUGUUAUCAUGAUUAAGAAAUUUUCCAGCACUUUAAUGGCAAGUUAAUUGAGAAUGUAAGAAAAAUGAUGCUGUACAAGGCAAAUAAAGCUGUUUAUUAACCCUGA